GCCUUCCUUUAGAGUUAGACAUUAUUUUUGUUUUCCUCAGCCCAGAGCUUAGUAAGCUGGGCAAGGGCAGCUCUUCCUCAGUGCAUUGCCAUUUCAACAUCUCAUUACGAGCAGUGGCAGAUCCCAACAUGUCGUCCAAGAGAGUGCCGUUCUACCAAAAGAGGCACAAGCACUUUGACCAGUCCUAUCGCAACAUUCAGACAAGGUAUUUGCUCCAGGAAUAUUCGGCAAGGAGGGCUGCUUCUAGACAGGCUACUUCCUAUCAGACAUCUUCCAGUCUGGGAAAAACGACAUGCAGGCUUUGCGCCAGGAGGCUCCAUACCUCAUCCGAAGAGGAGUCACAGAUAUCCCAGGCAAGGAGUCAGGAGCAAAAGUCUCAGCAUUGGAGUGAACAGAGGAGGAUCCGGUAUGUCUCCAAUCUGGCCUCUAUAGAAGAAGAGCUUCGCACUGCCAGGCUGCUCGCUAGAGAGCAACUGGAUAAAGUCACCAUACAGAGGAUGGUAGAAGAAAGAAUGGCUUUGGAAAGGUAUGCGGUUGAAGAGAGUAUUAGCCGAGCCCCUGAAAUUUUGGUACGGCUCCGGUCUCAUACUGUUUGGGAAAAGAUGUCAGUCAGACUUUACUUCACUGUCCAAGGAUUUCCCACUCCUGUUGUACAAUGGUAUAAAAAUGAAGAAUUGAUUACUCCUUCAAGUGAGCCUGGAAAGUACAUGAUCGAAAGCAAAUAUGGAGUGCAUAUGCUGGAAAUAAACAGAGCUCAUUAUGAUGACACCGCUACCUAUACAGCAGUGGCAACAAAUGUGCAUGGACAGGUAUCAACCAAUGCUGCGGUCAUUGUGAGGAGGUAUUUAGGGGAUGAAGAACCAUACCCUGCUGGAAUUCUUGCCACUCACUUGCCUCUUCCGCUGGACAUGUGCUUCAGUCAUUUUGAUGUUCAGUUUUUGGAGAGGUUUGGUGUCACCUUUGGAGUGGAAGGUGAAACACUUACCCUCAGAUGUGGUCUCCUGGUCACCCCAGAGUUGAAUCGUCUCCGGCCUCGUGCUGAGUGGUACAGGGAUGAUUUGUUGAUGAAAGAAUCCAAGUGGACAAAACCAUUCUUUGGAGAAGGCCAGGCAGCACUGUCUUUCAGCCACCUCAACAAGGAUGAUGAAGGCUUAUACACCCUGCGCAUAAUUUCGAAAGGGGGAGUCAAUGAAUACAGUGCAUAUCUGUUUGUGAGAGAUGCCGAUGCGCUGGUAAUGGGGGCACCUGGAGCACCAAUGGAUGUGAAAUGCUACGAUGCUAACAGGGAUUAUGUUAUUGUUACUUGGAAACCACCAAAUACAACCCAUGAAGCUCCAGUUAUUGGAUAUUUUGUAGACAGGUGUGAAGUGGGUACUGAAAACUGGGUUCAGUGCAAUGAUGCGCCUGUGAAAAUCUGCAAAUAUCCAGUGACGGGAUUGUUUGAAGGCCGUUCCUACACAUUCCGUGUGAGGGCAGUCAACCAGUCUGGCAUCAGCAGGCCAUCGAGAAUCUCUGAGGCAGUGGCAGCCCUUGACCCUGUUGACCUGGAGAGGUUGCAGACUAUUCAUCUGGAUGGAGGCAAGGAAAUUGUGAUCUAUCAAGAAGACCUUGAAGGCGACGUUAAGAUUCCAGGACCUCCCACCAAUGUACACGCUUCAGAAACCAGCAAAACAUAUGUUGUACUCAGCUGGGAUCCACCUGUUCCCCGUGGCAAAGAGCCAUUAUCAUAUUUCAUUGAGAAGUCCGUUGUUGGCAGUGGAUGUUGGCAGAGAGUCAAUGCUGAAGUGGCAGUGAGAUCUCCUCGCUAUGCAGUGUUUGAUCUUGCUGAAGGGAAAUCCUACGUGUUCCGAGUUUUGUCAGCAAACAAGUAUGGGAUUAGCGAUCCUUCUGAAAUAACAGCUCCUAUUCAAGCCCAAGAGGCCAUUGUUGUCCCAUCUGCCCCAGGACGUGUAGUAGCAUCCAGAAACACAAAGACCUCUGUUGUUGUGCAGUGGGACAAGCCAAAACAUGAAGAAGAUCUGUUUGGGUACUAUAUUGACUGUUCUGUGGUGGGAUCGAAUCACUGGGAGCCCUGUAACCAUAAGCCGAUCAAGCAUAACAGGUUUGCUGUGCAUGGCUUGGCAACAGGGGAACAGUACGUCUUCCGCGUGAAAGCUGCAAAUGCAGUGGGAAUGAGUGAAAAUUCUCAGGAGUCUGAAGCGAUAACAGUACAGGCGGCCCUCACCUGUCCAUCCUAUCCUUAUGGCCUCACACUUCUCAACUGUGAUGGCCACUCCAUGACCAUUGGCUGGAAACUCCCAAGAUACAGUGGCGGAUCAAAUAUCCUGGGUUAUUACAUAGACAAACGGGAAGUACACCACCACAACUGGCAUGAAGUCAACUCUUCCCUUUUUAAAGAGCGACUUUAUACGGUAGAGGAUCUGACAGAAAAUGCAUACUAUGAAUUCAAAAUUGCUGCUGCAAAUAUCGCUGGCAUAGGGCAGGCAUCUGAACCCAGUGAGCAUUUCAAAUGUGAGGCUUGGACAAUGGCAGAACCUGGUCCUCCCUAUGAUCUUACAUUUUGUGAGGUCAGGAAUACAUCCCUUGUGAUUCUCUGGAAAGCUCCUAUUUACAUUGGUAGCAGCCCUGUUACUGGUUAUUUUGUGGACUACAAGGAGGAAGAAGGUGAAGAAUGGCUUACUUUCAAUGAGAAACCAACCUCUCACCGUUACUUAAAGAUCACUGAAUUACAUGAGGGCAAAUGCUACGUAUUUCGAGUUCGUCCAGUGAAUAAUGCUGGCGUCGGAAAGCAAUCAGAUGUUUCUGAAGCUGUGCUGGUUCAGGCUAGACCAGACACCAAGGAAAUCAGUGCAGGUGUGGAUGAAGAAGGCAAUAUUUACCUUGCCUUUGACUGCAAAGAAAUUACAGAUGCUUCUCAUUUUGCUUGGAGCAAAUUCUAUGAAGAGAUAGAUGAUGCUGAUAAGUUUAACAUUGAAACAAUUGGAGAACAUUCUAAACUCUACUUUAAAAAGCCUGACAAAGAUGACUUGGGAACCUACUCUAUUGCAGUUAGUGAUACUGAUGGUGUCUCAUCCAGUUUUAUUAUGGAUGAAGAAGAGCUUGAACGUCUGAUGACAUUAAGCCAUGAAAUCAAGAAUCCAACAAUCCCUCUGAAGUCUGAAUUAGCCUAUGAGAUUUUGGACAGAGGACAAGUUCGUUUCUGGCUUCAGGCUGAGAGCAUUUCACCUGAUGCCAGCUAUAGAUUUGUAAUCAAUGACAGUGAAGUUGUCAGCAGCGAUUCGCAUAAAAUUCAUUGUGACCAUUCCACUGGUGUUAUUGAGAUGAUCAUGGAUCGCUUUACUAUUGAAAAUGAAGGUACCUACACAGUACAGCUCCAUGAUGGAAAAGCCAAGAACCAAUCUUCAUUAGUUCUCAUUGGUGAUGCAUUUAAGGACUUAUUGGCUGAGGCUGAGUUCCAGAGAAAGGAGUUCCUGAGGAAACAAGGUCCUCAUUUUCUGGAGUAUUUGUAUUGGGAAAUUACAGAUGAAUGUGAAGUGCUGCUGCUCUGUAAGGUAGCAAAUACCAAGAAGGAGACCUUUUUCAAGUGGUACAAAGAUGGAGUUGGACUUGAGGCUGAAACGCCCGAUUUGCAGAAAGAAGUGUGCAGCCUGAUGAUUCCAAGGCUGUCUAAAAAGGAGCAGGGUGAAUAUAAGGCAACGCUGUCAGAUGACAGAGGUCAAGAUAUCUCUGCUCUGGAUGUAUCAGGGAAAGUAUAUGAUGAUAUGAUCCUGGGAUUGUGUAAAGUCAGUGGUAAAUCUGCUUCUGAUCUGAAAAUCCACUGUACUCCGGAAGGAAUAAGGCUACAAUGUUUCAUGAAGUACUACAUGGAGGAAAUGAAAGCAAGCUGGUAUCACAGGGAAUCUAAGAUUUCUUCUAGUGAAAAGAUGAGGAUUGGUGGUAGUGAUGAAGUUGCCUGGAUGCAGAUAUGUGAGCCCACAGAAAAGGAUAAAGGGAAUUACACUUUUGAGGUGUUUGAUGGCAAGGAGUCCCAUAAGCGGACAAUUGAUCUAUCUGGACAAGCAUUUGAUGAUGCCUACGCAGAAUUCCAGCGACUCAAGGCAGCUGCUUUUGCUGAGAAGAAUCGUGGUAAAGUGCUUGGUGGUUUGCCCGAUGUUGUGACCAUAAUGGAAGGAAAGACCCUGAAUCUGACCUGCACCGUGUUUGGUAAUCCUGACCCUGAAUUGGUCUGGUUUAAAAAUGACAAGUUGCUGGAGCUUAAUGACCACUAUGUAGUUAAACUGGAGCAAGGAAAGUAUGCCAGUUUAGUCAUCAAGGGGGUAACAUCAGAGGACUCAGGAAAGUACAGCAUCAAUGUCAAGAACAAGUAUGGCGGUGAGAUGGUGGAUGUCACUGUAAGUGUGUACAAACAUGGUGAAGAGGUGCCUGACAUUAAACUUGGUACAGGUGGUAAAGCAAGGCUAGUACCUCCGGAAGGAGUUUAAGAAUCCACCAUGCAGGAUUAAGCUGGAGAAAGUGGCAAGAUGUAGAACUGGAAGGAGUGUGUUUAACGAAUAAAAGGCUAGAAAGAAGCUGUAGUUGUUCUGUAGUGUUUUCUUUUUUUUUCCCCCAGUAGAUAAUUGGCAAUGUCCAAGGA